AUGGCCGAGCAUUUCAAGCUGCUGGGCUCUUUGCCCGACUCGAGCCUUUUCAGCUUCCCUCCCACCAAUGCGCCUGCUCCCAUUGCGCCUGUCGAUGUACCGACUUCGAUUAUGCGCCCCUUCAACAUCCCUGAGCACUGGUUCACUGCUGCUCUCGACGCCAAGGUUCCUUUGACUAUCGCUAUCCUCUAUGCCGUCACUGUCAAGAGUCUUAACAUCUACAACAAGUCCAACGGCAAGAAGCCAUGGGCUAUCAGCAAAACCAGGCCAUUCUUCGCCUUUGUCGUUCUCCACAACGUCUUCCUCUGUGUCUACUCUGCUUGGACUUUCUGGGGCAUGUUGAGCGGCAUGAGAAGAAGCAUUCAAAACCCCACAGGUCCUCAGGGUCUUGCUGGUACCGCUGAUAGCUUCUGUCGUCUGCAUGGUGCUUCUGGUCUUGGCAACUCAGUGUACUACAACGAGACAUCGAGUUCGUUCGUUUCUGCUACUGAGCACGCCGCCAUUGUUAAUGGCCUUCCCAGUGGAACUGUCGGCGGUCGUAUGUGGAACGAGGGUUUGGCUUUCUAUGGUUGGAUCUUCUAUCUCAGCAAGUUCUACGAGGUUCUCGACACUUUCAUCAUUCUCGCCAAGGGCAAGCUCAGUUCUACUCUCCAGACCUACCACCACGCUGGAGCCAUGCUCUGCAUGUGGGCUGGCAUGCGUUACAUGUCGGCUCCCAUCUGGCAGUUUGUUCUCAUUAACUCCUUUAUUCACUCCCUUAUGUACUUCUACUACACACUCACUGCUUUCUCAAUCCGGGUUCCUACCCCCAUCAAGCGAUCACUCACCACGAUGCAAAUCACCCAGUUCAUUGUUGGCGCUAGCAACACCAUUGCCUACUCGUUUAUUUCUUACAAGGUUCCUGUCGCUAUUAUCCAGAAGCUCGCCGCUCCUGCAUAUGCCACCACAGCUGCUCCCGAUGCAAGCCAAGAGACUGCUGUUGACGGAGCUGUUGAAUCCAUCAAAAAGUUCAUCUGGGGUGCUGCUGAGGGCGCCGCUGCUCCAGGUGCUGCCCCUGUUGCAUCCCAGGCUGUCACUUCUGAGGCUUUCACUGCCGAGACGCAAUACAUUACUCAGCCCUGCAUCAUGACCACAGGCGAAACUUUUGCUAUUUGGCUUAACGUGCUGUACCUUGCUCCUCUGACCUACCUGUUUGUCAGUUUCUUCAUCGCAAGCUAUGUUAAGCGCAGCAACGCUGCCAGCAAGAAGACUCAUAAUGUCAACGCCAACAUCGCUCUUGCAGAGAAGGCCGGCUGGGAUGCUGCUAAGGGCAUUGAGAAGGAGAUCUAUGAUGGUGCGAACACGGCCAACGGUUCCUCGGCUGACGAGGCUUCGCGGGCCUCUACACCUAAGAAGGCCAACGGCAAGUCGCGACGGAAGGCCUAA